AAAAAGAUGCCGUUUAUAACGGACCUUAAAAAGAAGCAGUGAUGUAGCCAUCUUUUCAAAAACCACAAAACGAUCAUGACCUGUGAGAAACCUGAAAGCCCGUAAUUAUAUUGCAUCUCCGGUUAAACAAAGAAAACAAAAGGCACUUGAAGUAUUUGUUUCAACAUGAUGAAUAUUUUAUACGCUCCUGAUUCCAGCCUGAAAUGUCAGUGAUCUCCCUCCUAUUUGAGAUGACUGAUAAUUUUAAUAUUUUUGGCAAAGCCGAGAGGGCCUUGGAGAUGAGUGCUGCGUGGCCAUCUUUGAUUCGGUUUCAACAUGGCGGACGUGGACGAUGUUGAUAAGGUGUUUGGGGGUCCAUGAGUUAAGUUAGAGAAAAAAGGACUUUACAACAUGCGGCUAUGAUUGCUGCCAAGUAUCGGUUUCUUCUCACUCUUGGAUUGUUCCUAUUGUCAAUUCGUGGGUGUGCGUGGUUUAAUGGCAAUGGAGAUAAGCACUUUCUUAGAUUUCCUGAGUCUCGUCAUCUCUUUUCAAGUGUUGGAAAUGUGGUUGAAAUUCCGGAUGGAUCAAUGGAGACAUUUAAAGACUUGCUCCAAAAGAGUGAGGUCAACUUUGUCCUUUUUUAUGCACCCUGGUGCGGACGGUCAAGGAAUGCUGCUCAAGAAUUUAACAAGGCAGCAAAUAUCCUAUAUAAAGAGGUAUUGUUUAUCGCUAUUAAUUGCUGGACAGGUACCUGUUUUCAGCAGCAAAAGGUUGAUUUGUUUCCCAAACUUGUUGCCAUCCACACACAUUUUGAUGGGGUGGAGUACAAAGGAGAACACAGAACAUCCAAGAUGAUUGGUUUUCUUCAUUCUGUCAUCAGACCAUUUGUGUACAUAGGUAAUAAUGCAGAGCUUACAGUGACAAAGAAGUUAAGUCAGGAGCUUUUGAUAGCUUACUUCAACCAGACAAUGAUAAACACAAAGAAGUACAGCACAUUCUUUAGUUUGGCAUUGCAGUUUAUUGCUAAAGCAUCUGGACCAUUGUUUAAAUUUGUUGUUGUGACAAGUGCCAAGCUUGCAUUGAAAGCAGGAGUUGAUGACAUAUCACAAGUAGCAUAUCAUUGCCCUAACCAAGCUGUGUUGAAAAACUUCCUGUGCAUUUUACUUCAGCUUGUCAUUCAGCUCAGUCCUAACGCUGAUAGAAAAGAGUAUUAUUUAAAACAACUCAACAAGGGGCCAGCUCUUAUUUUGUUUCUGCCUUUGAAACCCUACAUGAACAAAGUAAAUCAACAUCUCUUGGAAGUGUACAUCAAUGCAGCAGCCCAGUAUUUUAAUUGCUCAUGCAACAGAACUAGAAUUAAUUCUGUUUCUCAAAACUCAGAAGGCACUCAAAGGAACAACACUGCUGGAACAUCAGUGGAAAUCAAUUUAGAUGAUUUUAUAGCUUCUGAUUCUUCAAACCUUGGUUCAAGUCUGAAAAUUGUAAACAGUCAAGGAGACCUUUUGAUCACCAACAAAGAGUUCAGUGCACCAUAUUUAUUUGCACCCCUGAGGAACUGUCAGUCAUUCAAAGUACAACAACAGAGUGACAUCUUAGAAAACAAAUAUAACAUCUGCAAUGUGUGCCACAAAUUUCGGAAUAUGGCCUUUGGAUUACCAACCUGUCUGAAAAGUAGUAUUGUUUCAACUUUAUCUUCUGUCACUGAUGGUUGCAGCACUAUUAAACCUCUAUACUACCCACUUCCUGUAACAACUAUCUGCUGCAGUGUUCAGCUGCCAGAAACAUACAGAUAUUUAGAUACUCUAGAACAUAUGAAAACUGCAAGCCUGGAGUCAUUAACAACACAACAGAGGAGUUUUGAUGAUAUUUUUAACGAAUUAUUGAGUUCAUUUGUUACGCCACUCAAAAGACCUAGUUUUAAAAAUGUUUAUAAUCAAGUGAGUAGGCACAACUUGUCAACAGAAUCUCAGGAGGUUACAAAGAACACUUUUCCACAUUCUGCUCCUCUGCAAGAACAUCACACUCCUCUUGACAAUUCUUCCAUUGAAGAUGUCGGCAAUAACACUUGUGUACAUACGGGUCUUGUGACACAAUUUGCUGGAGCUGGUUGCCAUAGUAAUAGAUCAGUCAAUUUUUUCCUGAUGGAUUCCAUAGAGUACUGGGGAGUGGCAGAGAGGCUUGGUGUUCAUAGGACUCCUCAGGGCGAGGUUGCUUUGGUUAUUGCUGAUUUAGAGAACAAUGCUCAGUAUGUCUUGGAAGAGGAGUUAGAAAUCGGCAACUCAACAAUAGUUACGUUUGUGAUGGCUUACAUGGCGGGAAAUCUAACAAGACGUUUCAGAUCUGGUCGUGCAAGUUCACGCAAAUGUCCAUCAUCACAAACAUGUGUAACGGAAGUGGUGACAUCAAAUUUCCAGGAAAUAGUGCUCGAUGAAACUAAGGAUGUUUUGUUGCUGUAUUACACUCCAUGGUGUGGUUAUUGUCAGGCUCUUCAACCAGUUCUCCUCACAGUGGCAAGAUUUUUCCAAAGCAUGAGUGAUGUCAUCAUUGCAAGGAUUAACGCAGAUGAAAAUGAUCUUCCAUGGGAGCUUUACAUAUCUCAGUAUCCUUCUUUUCUUCUCUUCCCAGCUUACAGGAAGGACUUCUCUGUUCGUUUCCCAGACUCGAUUGAACGGACUUCAGCUAAUCUAAUUCGUUUUUUAUUCGAGCACGGAGUCAAGACAAGGAAAGCCGUGGAAGAUUUCUGUCUUUCCGCAACGGUAAGAGAACAAAUCAUUGAACUCGGAAUUUCUCUCCGCCAAGUCGAGGAAGAAAAAAGACUGAUCGAGGUUAAACUGAGGGAAGCAGUUAGAACGAAAGAGCUGUGGACCCACAGGCGAUCUGUCGUUCUCAAAAGCUUGAAACAGGCCGAGGACGAUUUGACCAAAGAACGGGAACUAAGGAUAGCCACAGAACACUUAAAUAAAAACCUGGAACGACAGCGCCAGGAAGUGGAAGAAAAAGUUCUUAAACUGGUUGCUAGCAGCAAAAACAUUUUAAAUGACUUGGGAACUACUAAAGCCAAGUUAAAAGAGAAAGAAAAACAACUUACUCGGCUUUCAGUUGAGGGCAGACGCAUACUGGAAGAGAACGAAGAGUUAUUUAAAAUGUUAGAGGAGAAAGAAACAGCUUUACAGAGAGAAAAGAAAGCCGUGUUGGAAUUGCAAAAAUCCUUAAUUGCUCUGAGACGAAGAACAACUUACUUAGAGUUUUCAAAUAAUAUUCUCCGAACUAGGUUAAAAAAUUCAAACUCAAAAGCGUGAUAUUCGUGUCGCUGGUAGCAAGAAAUUCACUAGCUCUCCAAAAGGAAACGUUUUGUUUGAAGUCCAGGGCAACAGAAUUUGAACAUUAGGCCUGAUAAAAAGGAAAUGAACAAGGUUCAAAAUACUUUGGACAAGCUAUUACAAAAUAAAUAUACAUUGUUAUAACGUCUUUACUGACCACCUCUCGAUCAGUGAAGAAUCGAUGUAUUUAAAAUCAAUUUUAAUACCCUUAUUAGAGUGAAAGUCUUGACUGGUAAAUAAAAUGAAACAAUUUUUCAGGUUU